AUGGCGACACAGCAAGACUUACAGGAGCUCCUCCGGCUGCUCACAGUCGGGCGGAAAAUACCGAUGAUGCAAGCCAUGACACAGAUCAAGGCGCUCCAGGCCGCCGAUCUGAGGAGCAUCACACAGAUUGCGGAAGCACCUCUCGCAACAGUGCAGGCAGCCCUCAAGGAUGACAAGGGUGCCAGGGCACUCCAGAAUGCAUGCAAGGCGACCCUCAAACGCGGCCUCACAGCCCCGGGGAAACGGGAGGCGCCAGACUCGGCGGCUGGCCCAGCAAAGCGGGCCAAGACCGACCUAUUCAUGACCGGCCCGGUGGAGAUGACGCCCCAGGAGUUGGAGAAGUCGCUCGAGCUGCCCCUGUGCAUGGACGAGGAGCGCAUCUCGCAGACGGUGAUCGAGACCAACAGAGCGCCGCUCGUCCUUGCUUUUGCGGUGGAGCUCUUGCGGUACACCAUGCCCGAGCAGCCACUCUCGAGCCGACUCAGCUUAGCGCAAGCGGUCGUCAGCGCCAACUCCAGGUCAAAGGCCCCGCGGGUGAGGGUCAUGGGCAGGGAAAUUGCCGUGCUGAAGAGGGGAGGCUACGAGUGGCGAGGGGAAGAAACCGUGGGCGAGCAGGCCGGGGCCGGGGAGGAGAGUGCUGUAAAAGCGGGCGGUUCACUUUCGGGGACGCAAGCAGGGACGGAAACCCAGGCCUCCUCAGCAACCGCCACCUUCGAACCAGCCGCCCGAUCCACCUGGGCCGUCAGCCAGCCCGUCAGCCUCAAAGACUCAACCUUCGUCGCGCGCGCAACCCACAUCAGCGACGCACCGCAGCGCAAGAUGCUCAUGCAAUCCCUCCUCGACGACGUCCCCUCCCUCAAGACCGCCACACACAACGCCUGGGCCUUCCGGCUGCGGCCACCGCCCUCCGCCGGCCCCGACGCCCGCGUGCGCGAAGAGUCCUUCGACGACGGCGAGACAGGCUGCGGCGACCUCAUCCUACGCGUCAUGCGCGAGUCCAGCACGGUCGACACGCUAGUCGUGCUGACCCGCUGGUUCGGCGGGACCAUGCUCGGCCCGGACCGGUGGCGGCUGAUGCGGAAGUGCGUCACCAGCGUGCUGGGCGAGCGGCUGCGCAAGACGGGCGCCGAGGUGACACUGGGCGGCGAGGCGCUCUGGGGCUUGGAUCUGGAGGCCACGAGGAACAAGACGACUACCACGGUGGGCGGGUACGGCAGUGGCACGCGAGCGCAUCAGGUUACGGUCACGGGGGGCGUGAUGGGGGGCAUGCACAUCCAUCGGCCUGAGGCGGCUAGGGGGUAUUUGCUCAGGAGUUUUGCUACCAGUACUAGUUGUAGUAAUAGUAACACGGCGUCGGCGCAGGAGAAGGACACGGGGAAGAGUGCUAAUAAGAAAGAGAAGAAGACGCUGAAGGCGUUGGAAGCGGAAAAGGAGGAGAACCUGGGACUGCUACUGGGCGCACUGAGGAUGCUAUUCGACAGCUGGGCGGAUCAUCUCGAUGCUGCUGAGCUGGACAGGCGCGCAUGGGGCUGGUAUGUUGCGGUGAGGCCUGAUGUGGAGAGCGGACAGGCUGGCUGGGGCGCAAAGGGGACGGUUAAGUUGAGCGAUGUGCUAAGGUUGAGGAGGUCGGGCGAUUGA